GGAGGUCAGGUCGAGGGAUCCUCGAAAGAACCCUUUUAUCUUUUAUUUUCAAUCAAAUUGGCUCUGCCAUUUUCACAAACAGUUUCUGCGCAUUUGCACUUCAUUACCUGCAUCUAUUUACAAUCUCACCCAGCCAUUUACAAACCCAAGAAGCAGAGUCAUUACAUUUCCUCCUGCAAAGACAGGAAACAAUCGCUGAAAUCUGCUUGAACCCUACUCCCUCAGAGUGGGAAACUAAUUUCUAAUAGACGUUUAAACAAACAGAUAGUGACCCCGACCAUAUUUGUCAUGCAUGAAGCUUUGCAAGAGAUAUCUCCACAUUACAAAUAGUCAUCAAUAUGAGCCCAGGGAACAUAAAGGGUUCGUACACACCUGGUUCUUGAAGUGUGUUCUAUUGGUUAUCCCUGUAGAAUGCAAAAAGAUGGUUGCUUUUACCUACAAACCAAGUCGAAUCCGAAGUAAACAAUAUAAAUAUUCCCGAAGAGUACUUUGUGAGAAUAGAGUCUCAGUUUCAGCUUGAACAAACGACCGUGUUAUUCCGGCACUUCAACGGAGAAGAUGCUUGCUUUUACCAACAAACCAAGUCGAAUCCGAAGUAAACGAUAUAAAUAUUCCCGAAGAGUACUUUGUGAGAAUAUAGUCUCAGUUUCAGCUUGAACAAACGACCGUGUUAUUUCGGCACUUCAACGGAGAAGACAACGGGGGCUUCAGAACAGGCGCCAAUGGAAGACGCCGGAGGACGUAACCACGGGAGUUGGGGGAGCUGAAAUGGACUGGUCUAAACUUACAAGCAUCGGGAUUCAUUUUUUCUUUUUAAAAAAUUAACCCCUUUUUACUGGUCUAAUGACGUGGCAGAGUCACGUCGGCGCGUAAGAAAGUGCCUGUGAAAUGGCCGUGGAAGUAUAAACGCAAUCCAUCUAAAUCUAGUGUUAAGAACAAAACAAAUUAUCCGAUCUGAAUCUGAAAUUCUCUUUACCUUCAAGGCUUCAAUGCCUAGAAUCUGAACAUUUGCUACUGAAGAAGCUCUCUCAUUUGUAUUCAUUCUCUGAGGCACUUCAUGAUUAUGGCCGAUGUCACGAUGAGCAAUGUGGAGCAGUCUUAUGGAGAAACGAAUGAUGCUCAGAAAAAUGUAUUUGAUUUAGGAGCUUUUGUUGGGGACUUGACUAUUGAGGAGGAUGUGAGCAGUGAUGACAUAUCAUUGGAAGGCCUACAACAAGAGCUAGAAGAAUGUAAAAAUGAUGAUGUAGUUGCAAACAUACUAUCAAAAGGUGCGAAAUUAAGGGAGUAUACAAAGGGAGUCGAGAACAAUUUACGGCAAGUCGAAUUUGAUUCUAUUCAGGAUUAUAUACAAGAAAGCAAUAAUUUAGUGUCUCUUCAUGAUCAAAUUCGUGAAUGUGACAGCAUCUUGUCACAGAUGGAAACUCUCCUUGGUGGAUUUCAAGCUGAAAUCGGUUCCAUAAGUUCAGACAUAAAAACCCUCCAGGAGAAGUCUAUGGAUAUGGGUCUGAAGCUUAAGAAUCGUAAGGUAGCUGAAUCAAAAUUGGCAAAAUUUGUUGAAGACAUUAUAGUUCCUCCACGGAUGGUUGACAUAAUUGUUGAUGGAGAGGUCAAUGAUGAAUUCAUGAGAACUCUUGAGAUUCUAAGCAAGAAGCUGAAGUUUGUAGAAGUGGAUCCUAUGGUCAAGGCUUCAAAAGCUCUAAAAGAUGUUCAACCUGAGCUAGAAAAACUACGGCAGAAAGCAGUUUCAAAGGUCUUUGACUUCAUUGUUCAGAAGCUUUAUGCAUUGAGAAAGCCCAAAACAAAUAUCCAGAUCCUUCAACAGAGUGUUCUUCUAAAGUACAAGUAUGUUGUUUCCUUUCUCAAAGAACAUGGCAAUGAAGUAUAUACCGAGGUCCGAGGAGCAUACAUUGACACAAUGAACAAGGUCUUAAGUGCACAUUUCCGUGCUUAUAUUCUGGCUCUGGAGAAACUACAGUUGGAUAUAGCAACAUCAAGUGAUUUGAUUGGUGUGGAGGCAAGAAGCACUGGUCUUUUUUUAAGAGGAAGGGAACCCCUAAAGAACCGGUCUGCGAUUUUUGCUUUGGGGGAGAGGAUAAAAAUUUUGAAGGAAAUUGAUGAACCUGCUUUAAUUCCUCAUAUAGCGGAAGCCAGCUCCAGCAAGUAUCCUCAUGAGGUGCUCUUCAGGAGUUUGCACAAGCUGCUUAUGGAUACUGCUACUUCUGAGUAUCAUUUCUGUGAUGAUUUCUUUGUUGAGGAAUCCAUGUUUUAUGAGAUUUUUGCAGGUCCAUUCGCUGUCAUUGAUGAGCAUUUCAAUUCAAUACUUUCAAAUUGUUAUGAUGCUAUUGGCUUAAUGCUAAUGAUUCGGAUAACACAUCAACACCAGCUCAUUAUGUCACGGCGACGGAUUCCAUGCUUGGAUUUAUAUCUAGACAAGGUCAAUAUUUCCCUAUGGCCCCGUUUCAAGAUGGUAUUUGACAUGCAUCUCAAUAGCCUGCGCAAUGCAAAUGUUAGGACGUUAUGGGAAGAUGAUGUUCACCCUCACUAUGUCAUGAGGCGUUACGCUGAAUUUACAGCUUCACUAAUCCGCCUCAAUGUUGAAUAUGGAGAUGGGCAGCUUGAAUUGAAUUUGGAAAGACUGAGAAUGGCAGUUGAUGACUUGCUUAUCAAGCUUGCAAAAAUUUUCCCAAAAACAAAACUACAAAUUGUGUUUCUGAUUAACAACUACGAUAUGAUAAUUUCUGUUUUGAAGGAAGCUAGUCCAGAUGUUGGGAAAAUUCAAAUGCACUUUGAGGAACUGCUGAAGAGCAACACUGCGUUAUUUGUGGAAGAGCUGCUACUAGAGCAUUUCAGUGAUUUAAUAAAGUUUGUAAAGACCCGAGCCUCGGAGGACCCAAGUUCUGGUUCUGAGAAAGCCAUAGCUGUGGGGGAAGUUGAGCUACUUGCAAAGGACUUUGGAAGUAGAUGGAAAGCUGCAAUAGAGCUGAUGCAUAAAGAUGUCAUAACUUCUUUCAGCAACUUACUGUGUGGCAUGGAGAUUUUGAGGGCUGCGUUGACUCAGCUGCUGCUCUAUUAUACGAGGCUCACGGACUGCAUAAAGAGGAUUGUUGGUGGGUCCUCGCUGAACAAGGAUCUGGUGUCCAUAUCUUCAAUCAUAAGGUUCUCUCUCUCUCUCGCGCGCGCGCGCAAAGAAGCACACACUCGUGCAUGUAAAGCAAACAGAUAUAACUCUGGUUUGGACUCUUAUGUAUUCGGCUAGAGCAAACGAGGCAUUGUGUAAAGGAAAAUUACCAGCCCUUCUGAUUACGUCAAUUGUAUUUUGUCCGUGUGACGACCGCAGAUGUUUGUCAUGUAUUAAUGUAGAACAUCUUGUCAU